AUGGCAUCUAAUAUUAGUGAAAUCUCAAGUGAUACUAUUAUGAGUGAAGUCUUAAACGAUACCAAUGCAAUUCUUAUCAGUGACAAGAAACGAGGAAGACCAGAAGAUACCGUAUGGGAACAUAUGAACAAGACUCGUUUGAGUGAUGGUCAUAGCAAAGCACACAAUAUAUCUGAAGCCGAUUUACAAGAAACAAUUUAUGAAAUUACUGAAGCGAUGCUUAAUAAUAGUGAUUUUUUUGAUUCCAAUGAAGAAAACUUUGACGACAAUGAAGAUUUAAUAGAAAAUUUAGUAGAAGAAUCAACAAAUAAUUAUAAUAAUGAAUUAGAAAUAGCAUCUAUUAUAAAUUUAAAUAUAUCGGAUUUUAAUGAAAAUAAUAGCGAAGAUAACAAUAUUUUGCAAAAAGAGGAAAUUAAUCAUG